CCAAUUUCACCAGGAAGCAUCUGUUAUUUAUGUAAUUCGGAAAAAUCGAAUGUGCUGAAAAACACUGAAUUCCCUGGACUGUGGGUCCGGGGGACUGUCCGACUGGGCCCAGCCCGUCUCUCGCGCCCUUCGGCGCUGAGGACGCGGGGCAGAGCUUUGGGCCCCGCGAGGCCGGCGGGGCGGGGCCGCGAGCGCACCUGCCUGGCAACGCGGCGUUCGGAGCGACUGCGCGCUGUGACGUCCCUUGACUCCCGCCCGGCGUAUGUUUACGUGGAGACGUAGACGGCCAGAGUGGCAGUAGUACUCGUGUGGACGAGGACGGUUUGCCAGUGAUUGCAGAGAGAAAUUUGGUUCUGCUCCGGGCGGGGCAGCGCCGGACCCGGCGCUCCUGCCCGGGUUUCGGAGCUCGCUGUCCCACCCCGUCUGAACCGACCUUUCCUUUCUACCCCGAUUCCCUCCCUGUUUCCCCCCCACCCUACCCCAUAGAAACCAUGGAGGACGAGGAGAGACAGAGGAAACUGGCGAUUGGUAGGGCCAAGCUCGCUGAGUUUCGACAAAGAAGAGCUCGAUUGAAUGGACAAAAUCCUCACAAGAAGCCAAAAAAGAAGAACACCUCAUCCAGUAAACAGGAUGCUCAUGGCUUGAAUAUUGAUCAAUCACAGAGUGAGGAGAUACACAAAAAUAGUUCUCAAGAAAUGGAAUCCACUUUGACUAAUGAUUCCACAGUAAUGAGAACUCUGAACAGUGGAGAAAUACUUAAGCAUGAACAGGUCUUUCCUGUUAAUAUGGAAAGUGACACUUCAACAACAGCCGAUGAUUAUACCUCAGAGGCAAAUACUUGCAGCUCUCUGAUGAAAACAGAAAAGCCUACCGAUUUAUUAAGGGAAGAAGAAUUUGGUGUUGAUGAUUCCUAUUCUGAACAAGGAGCACAGUACAGUCAGACCCACCUAGAGUUAAUAGAAAACGAAUUGGCUGGGAAACAUGAGACUGAAGAGCUGAACAGAGAACUAGAAGAAAUGAGGGCCACCUAUGGAACAGAAGGACUACAUCAGUUGCAAGAAUUUGAAGCAGCUAUAAAACAGAGGGACGGCAUUAUAACUAAACUCACUACUAAUUUACAACAAGCAAGAAAAGAAAAGGACGAAACAAUGAGAGAAUUUUUGGAAUUGACAGAACAAAGUCAAAAGUUACAGAUUCAAUUACAACACUUACAGGCUAGUGAAACUCUGCGAAACAAUACUCAUAGUAGCACAGCUGCAGAUUUACUACAAGCCAAACAGCAGAUCCUCACUCACCAACAACAGCUGGAAGAACAAGACCAUCUAUUAGAAGAUUAUCAAAAAAAGAAAGAAGACUUCAAAAUGCAAAUCAGUUUCUUACAAGAGAAAAUUAAAGUAUAUGAAAUGGAACAAGAUAAAAAAGUAGAAAACUCAAAUAAAAGAGAAGUACAAGAAAAGGAAGCAGUCAUUGAAGCGUUAAAUACAAAAAUAAAUGAGCUAAAGGAUAAAGUAAGAACUACUGAUAAACUACUAGAGGACUUACAACAACAGGUUUUACAAAAGAACCAAGAGAUUGCAAGUAUGAAAUUAGAACUGACUAAUUCUAAGCAAAAAGAAAUAAAAUGUUCUGAGGAAAUUAAACAGUUGGCAGGGACUGUUGAGGAAAUGCAAGUGAGGAACCGUAAAGAAAACCAGUUUGAAACUGAGAUGGUACAAAGAAUGGAACAAGAAAUGCAGAGAAAAUUAGAACAACUGCGAGCAGAGUUAGAUGAGACAUAUGGGAAACAGAUAAUACAGAUGAAACAAGAAUUAUUAAAACAAUAUAUGACACAAAUUGAAAAGGUGAAACUGCAGCAUAAGGAAGAAAUUGAGAAUGCUUUAAAAGCAUAUUCCAAUAUUACGGUUAGUGAAGAUCAAGUAAAAUUAAUGAAUGUGGCAAUAAAUGAACUGAAUAUAAAAUUACAAUAUACUAACUCUCAAAAGGAAAAACUCAAGGAAGAACUAAGAGUGGUUGCAGAAGAAAAAUCUACCCUACAGAGACAACUUGAAGAAAUUUUUCAAGAGCUCAACUUUUUAAGGGACCAGAUUCAGAUAGCUAAACAGACAAUAAAUGAACAAGAAAGUAAACUGAAUGAAGCACAUAAGUCACUUAGUACAGUAGAAGCUUUAAAAGCUGAAAUUGCAUCUGUGUCUGAAUCCAGGAAGGAGCUAGAAUUAAAACAUGAAGCUGAAGUUACAAAUUACAAGAUAAAACUUGAAAUGAUGGAACGGGAGAAAAAUGCCGUUCUGGAUAGAAUGGCAGAGUCUCAAGAAGCCGAAUUGGACAAAUUGAGAACACAGCUCCUGUUUAGUCACGAAGAAGAACUUUCGAAACUAAAAGAAGAUUUAGAAAUCGAACAUCGAAUAAAUAUUGAAAAACUUAAAGAUAGCUUAGACAUUCACUAUAAACAGCAAAUAGAUGACUUACAAAAUGAAAUGAGUCAAAAGAUAGAAACAAUGCAGCUUGAAAAAGAUAAUUUGGUAACUAAGCAGAAUCAGUUAAUUUUGGAAAUUUCAAACCUAAAAGAUUUACAGAAUUCAAAAUCAGAAGAAAUGACCCUUCAAAUAACUGAACUGCAAAAAGAAAUUGAAAAUGAAAAGGGGACUCUUGAAAAAGAAGUUCAGAAAUUACAACUUAAAACUGAAUUUUUGGAGAAACAAAUAAAAGAAAAAGAAGAUGGACUUCAAGAAACUUUUACCCAUCUCAAAACAGAGAACAACCUUCUUAAAGCUGAUAAGAGAGAUCUUGAGGACAUGUUGAAAAAUUAUGUUCCUGCUAAUAACCAAGAUGAAAAGUUGAUUUUCACAGACUCAAAGUCCAUAUCCAAAGACACUAACUGGAAAAAGGAAGUGGAAAUACUUACUGAAGAAAAUGAGGACCUCAAACUACAGUGUAUUCAGCUAAAUGAAGAAAUUGAAAAGCAAAGGAAUACAUUUUCAUUUGCUGAAAAAAAUUUUGAAGUUAACUAUCAAGAAUUAAAAGAGGAAUAUGCUUGUCUUCUCAAAAUAAAAGAUGAUUUAGAAGACUGUAAAAAUAAACAAGAAUUAGAGUAUGAAAGUAAGCUUAAAGCACUUAAUGAAGAGCUUCAUUUGCAAAAAAUAAAUCCAGCUACAGUGAAAGUGAAAAGUUCCAUCCUUGAUACUGACAAAACUUUUGUAGCUCACACAGUAGAAAUCACUGAAGUUGUUGAAAAAGAUACAACGGAACUUAUGGAAAAACUUGCAGUUACAAAUCGAGAAAAGCUAGAGCUAUCAGAGAAACUGUCUAAUCUUUCUGAGCAAUUAAAACAGAAACAUGGUGAGGUUAAUUGUCUCAGUGAAGAAAUCAAAUCUUUAAAGCAAGAGAAAGAGCAAGUUUUAUUAAGAUGUAAAGAACUAGAAAUCAUAAUUAACCAUCAUAGAGCAGAAAAUAUAAUCACGUAUGAUGGUCAUUUAAGCUCUUUACAAGAUGGAUUUGUGACUAUAACAAGCAGGGAUUCUGGAGGAUCAGUUCUUAAUGUAGGUGAAGAUUUUGGUGAAGAAUCAAAAAUAGUGGCAAAGGAUAAAAUUUCUUUUGAAAAUGUGACUAUGAGAAAAGAAAACAAGCAAGAAGAGUUACUUUCACCAUCAGUAACACAUGAACCCUCACCUGGGACAACUGAAUCAAAUGAAAAUGAUAAACUCCAGCAGGAACUUCACAUACUGAAAACAGAACAGAAUGACUUACGGCUCCAGAUGGAAGCACAGCACUUCUGUCUUUCUCUAAUUUAUUCAACUCAUGUGGAUCAAGUUCGUGAAUAUAUGGAAAAUGAAAAAGAUAAAGCUCUUUGCAGCCUCAAAGAGGAGCUUAUUUCCGCUCAAGAGGAAAAAAUCAGGAAACUUCAGAAAAUGUACCAGUUAGAACUACAGAACAUAAAAACACAAGAAACAGGUGAUGAAGCAAAGUCUUUACAAAUGCUUAUUGGAAGACUUCAGAAGGCCGUGUCUGAAGAAUGUUCUUAUAUUUCAAAGACUUUAAGUGAUACAGUUGGUGAACUUUAUAUUCCUACUUUAAAAUGUGAUGGGAAUGUAGAGGAGAAGGAAAAUUCUGGUCUUUACACACCUGAAAAUCAUGUAUCAGAAUUACCAGAUUAUAGACAUGAAGUUCAAGACUUUCAAGAAAACAUGCAAACCCUUCUAAACAAAGUAGCAGAAGAAUACAACAAACUUUCAGUACUCCAGACACGUUUGAGCAAGUUUUCUGAUGAAUUUGGAGUGACACAGGAAACAAAUAUGGUUAAGUUGCUGGAAAAACAAUACCAAGAGCGAUUAGAAGAAGAAGUGGCUAAGGUCAUCGUGUCAAUGAGCAUAGCAUUUGCUCAACAAUCUGAACUAUCUAGACUGUCAAAGGAAAAAGAAAAUACUACAUCAUCAAAACAAUCACUUACUUUCUAUCCACAAAAAGAAAAACAUUAUUUUAAUGAAAGUAAAUUAUCUCAGGGUCAGUUUGAUCACCAGAUUUCUGAGGCAAUGGCUGUGAAAUUUACAGAAGACUUUAAACCAUUUAGUAAAGAGUUAGGAGAAGAUGAAGUUCUCUUAUCAAACAGUAAUCAUCUUGAUGAUAUACUAGAGUCAGAGGUUCAAAAAUUGGCUAUUUCAGAAGAAAUGUCCUACGAAGACAAAAAAUUUAUAGUUAGAGAAUCUAUUCAUAGUGAAAUGUUGGUAUCAAGCAUGGAUGCUUCUAGACAGCUCAUAGCAAAUGAAGAACAGUUGGAAGACAUGAGGCAGGAACUUGUACGACAAUACGAAGAACAUCAACAGGCCACAGAACUAAUAAGGCAAGCGCACAUGCAACAAAUGGAGAGACAGCGAGAGGAUCAGGAACAGCUACAAGAAGAGAUUAAGAGACUUAAUAGACAGUUAGCCCAGAGGUCCUCACUAGAUAAUGAAAACCUGAUUUCAGAGAGAGAAAGGGUGCUUUUAGAGGAACUGGAAGCACUCAAGCAGCUGUCUUUAGCUGGAAGAGAGAAGCUGUGUUGUGAGCUGCGCAGCAGCAGUACGCAAACACAGAAUGAAAAUGAAAGCCCAAGGGAGGCUGAAGAACAAACAUUGACAGAAAAGGAAUUGGACAGAACACCUGAAGAUGUACCUCCUGAUAUUCUGUCCAAUGAAAGGUUUGCACUCCAGAAAACUAAUAACAGACUUUUAAAGAUCCUAUUAGAAGUUGUAAAGACAACAGCAGCUGUCGAAGAAACAAUUGGCCGCCAUGUUCUUGGAAUUUUAGAUAGAUCUAGUAAAGGCCAAUCAUCUGUCAGCCUGAUUUGGAGAUCAGAGCCAGAGAUAUCUCACAAGUCAAAUGUCCAAGAGGAACACACAAGAGGAGUUAUAGAUGAAUCUGUACCCUCUUAUUCUGAGGAAGGAACAGAGUUGUCACGUCAGCUCGUGAGGAGUAGUUUUACUCUUACUGAGGUUGAUCCUGAGAAUGAAGAACUUAUGCUGAACAUUAGUUCUAGACUACAAACAGCAGUUGAAAAACUUCUGGAAACAAUAAGUGAAACUAACGAUCAGCUCGAACAUGCAAAAGUUACGCAGACAGAGUUGAUGCGGGAGUCAUUCAAACAGAAACAAGAAGCAGCAGAAUCUCUGAAGUGCCUAGAAGAACUACGAGAACGCCUUCACCAAGAAAUCAGAGCCAGAGAACAAUUGGCCAUGGAGCUCAGUAAAGCUGAGGGUAUCAUUGAUGGCUAUGCCGAUGAAAAAAUUUUUUUUGAAAGGCAAAUUCAGGAAAAAACUGAUAUAAUAAAUCGCCUUGAGCAGGAAUUGUUAUGUGCAGGUAAUAGGUUGCACGAACUGGAAGUAGACCAACAACAAAUGCAAGAAGAAAGAGAAUUAUUAUCUAGACAGAAGGAAGCUAUGAAAGCUGAAGCAGGACAAGUUGAACAACGACUAGUAGAUGCUGCAUUCGAUGCAGCUCAUGGAACAGAACUACUACAUGAGACAGAAAAAUUAAUGAAGGAAAAGUUAGAGGUACAGUGUCAAGCUGAAAAAGUACGUGAUGACCUUCAAAAACAAGUGAAAGCACUAGAAGUAGAUGUCGAAGAACAAGUCACUAGGUUUAUAGAGUUGGAACAAGAAAAAAAUAAUGAAUUAAUGGAUAUAAGACAGCAAAACCAAGCACUGGAAAAGCAAUUAGAAAAAAUGAGAAAAUUUUUAGAUGAACAGACCGUUGACAGGGAACAUGAGAGAGAUGUGUUCCAACAGGAAAUACAGAAACUUGAACAACAACUUAAGGUUGUACCUCGAAUCCAGCAUGUUGGUGAACAUCAAACUAGAGAGGUUGAACAGUUAACAAAUCAUCUGAAAGAAAAAACAGACAAAUGCAGUGAGCUCUUGCUAUCAAAAGAACAGCUUCUGAGAGAUAUACAGGAGCGAAAUGAAGAAAUUGAAAAGCUAGAGUUCAGAGUAAGAGAACUGGAGCAAGCCUUACUUAGUAAUGCAGACACCUAUCAAAAGGUAGAGGACCAAAAACAACUUGGAUCCUUAGAAACUGAAGUAGAAUUAUCUCUAGAAGUGCAACUGCAGGCUGAACGAGAUGCUAUUGACAGAAAGGAAAAGGAGAUUAACAACUUAGAAGAACAAUUAGAGCAGUUUAGAGAAGAGCUAGAGAAUAAGAUUGAAGAAGUUCAACAAUUACAAAUGCAGUUGGAAAUACAGAAAAAGGAAUCUACUACCCGUCUGCAGGAACUUGACCAAGAAAACAAAUUAAUUAAGGAUGAAAUUAAAAAACUGGAAUUUGCCAUAAAGGAAUCUGAUGCUAUCUCUACUCAUGACCAGCACGUGCCAUUUGAGAAAUUUACUCAAAUGAUACAAGAAAAAGAGGUUGAAAUCGAUCGGUUAAAUGAGCAAAUUACAAAAUUUCAGCAGCAACUUAAACUUACAACAGAUAACAAGGUUAUUGAAGAAAAAAAUGAACUGAUAAGGGAUCUUGAAACCCAAAUAGAAUGUUUGAUGAGUGAUCAAGAACGUGUGAAGAAAAAUAGAGAAGAAGAAAUAGAGCAGCUCAAUGGAGUGAUCGAAAAACUUCAGCAGGAAUUGGCAAAUAUCGAAAAGAAGUCUUUGGCGGAUACCUGUUCCUUACCAGAAGAAGCAGACAGUUUAAAACAUCAGUUGGAAAAGGUCAUAGCUGAAAAGCUGGCUUUGGAACAGCAGGUCGAAAUCACUAAUGAAGAGAUGGCCUUCACAAAAAAUUUACUUCGAGAAACCAAUUUUAAAAUGGAUCAGCUCACACAAGAAUUAUUCAGCUUAAAGAAAGAAUAUGAAAAUAAGGACAAAAUCCGAAGAAUACCAGAAAAGAGUGUUAACAUGACUGUAGAUGAUCUCAGCAAAGACCAACCUGAAGUAGAAGUAUUGCAUACUGAACCCUUAGGAAAUAAACUGUUCCUCGGAUCUUUUGAAGAAAACACCAAAGUUUCCAGGAGAAGUUUGGAAACAAAGCUUGAGAGCUCUGUUAGCACAAAGGACUUAGAAUUUUUCCAGUGUUAUAAAAAAGUAAAAGACAUGCAAGAGCAAGGCCAAUCCGAAACAGAAAUACUUCAAAGGAAGAUUGUAAAUCUACAGAAAACCCUUGAGGAAAAAGUAGCUGCUGCCCUCGUGAGCCAAGUCCAACUUGAGGCAGUUCAGGAAUAUAUGAAGUUCUAUCAAGAUAAAGGAGCAGUUUCUCCUGAACUUGAAUAUGGAGAUUUGCAAAAUUUAACUCAACUAGCAGAAAACAAGAUAGAGCUAGAUAUGUCUGCAUUAACUUUGAGAAUAUCGGAAUUAGAAAAUCAAAUGAUUAAAAUGCAUACUACUUUGAUUUCAGAAAAAGAACAAGUAGUAACUGCAGAGAAAAAUGCUCUCGAAAAAGAAAAGAAGCUAAUAGAACUGCAGAAGCUUCUGGAAGAGAAUAAGAAAAGAAUGGAAGGAAAAGAAAGGAAAACAAGCCCUCCAGGAGAUUUUGCAGUUCUCAAAACAACUACCAAAUCAAUACAUGCCAAAAGAGAAAGUGAUUUUUUCGAUGAAAUUGAGGCUCUUAGAACCGAGUUGGUAGUUACCAAAGAACAACUUGCCAAUUGCAAAGAAAGAGCAGAAAAACUUCAAGAAGAGCUUUUGGUAAAAGAAAUGAAUAUGGCAUCUCUUCAAAAAGAUUUAAACCAAGUUAGAAAUCAACUUACAGAGGCAAGAAAUAAAUUAUCCCACUUCUUAGAAAAAGAGGAUAAGUCUGAAGUACCCACAAACAAAAAGAUUUGCUUGGAGCCACUUCCUAUUGAAGUGGGGAAUAAUGUGGCAUCACAAACUGACAUAAUUCUCAAAAUUCAUACCUAUAACCAGACUCCACAAAUUCUUGUUAGAAAUGCAGGAAUUCAAACUGAUUUACAGAGUGACCCUUCCUCCGAAGAAGUUACUGAAAUAAUCAGUCAGUUUACUGAAAAAAUUGAGCAGAUGCAAGAGCUGCAUGCUGCUGAAAUUUUGGAUAUGGAAUCCAGACAUAUUACAGAAACAGAAACUUUGAAGAAGGAUCAUUAUAUUGGUAUUCAAUUACUAACAGAGGAGUGUAGUACCUUGAAGUCAGUGGUACAGUGUUUGAGAUCUAAAGAGGGAUCAUCCUCAGUUCCUGAGUUGACAUAUUUGAAUGCUUCCCAGUCUAAAGAAAUAUGUACUAAUGAUUCUAGGUCAGACUGGAAUCAAGAAUCUCACAUAUCAGAAGGGAGAGAAGAAGGAGAAAGUUUAAGAGAGUCAUUUCCUAGGAAAAUAACGGGCUUACUGAGAGCUGUUUUUAAAGAGGGCGUGCAGGUGCUUUCUCUGACUGAGUCACCGUAUGGUGAUGGAGAAGAUCAUUCUGCUCAUCAAGUUUCAAAAUCUUGUCUAGAAGAGAGAAGAGCUUACCUCAAUACAAUCUCAUCUCUUAAGGAUUUAAUUACCAAAAUGCAAGUGCAAAGAGAAUCUGAGGUUUAUGAUAAUUCUCAGUCUCAUGAGAGCCUCUCAGACUGGCGAGGAGAAUUUCUACUUGCCCUUCAAAACAUUUUCUUAAAGGAGCACAACGUUUUAUUAGCCAUAUUUCAGACUGAACUGACAGCUCUAGGUAAUAGAGAUGCAGUUGGAUUAUUAAACUGUUUGGAACAGAGACUACAACAACAGGGUAUGGAAUUCCAAGCAGCUAUGCAAUAUCUCCAGAGAGCAGAUAGAAGGAGUAUGUUAUCUGAAAUUGAAGCACUUCGUGCUCAAGUGAAUGGUAGAAAAAUGACCUUGAAAAGAGAACAGGAAAUUGAUAAACCAAUCCAAGAACUAUUGGAAUAUAAUGUGCAGCAGAAGCAGGCUGAAAUUCUGGAGAUGCAAGUGGAGCUCAGCAAUGUGCAAGACAAAACAAGUGAACUAAAGGAACAGAUGAGUUCAGAAAAAAUGAUAAUUGCUGAACUAAAAAGUGAACUUGCACAAACAGAAUUGGAACUUGAAACAACACUGAAGGCACAGCAUAAACAUCUAAAGGAUUUAGAAGCAUUCAGGUCGGAAGUUAAAGAAAAGACCGAUGAACUACAUUUACUUACUGAUACACUAGCAAGUGAACAGAAAAAAUCAAGAGAGCUCCAAUGGGCUUUAGAGAAAGAGAAAGCCAAACUGGGCCUCACUGGAAAAAAGGAAAAGGAACAAAUUGAGGACUUGAAAUUUUCACUUGAGGAUCAAAAACAGAGGAAUAUUCAACUAAACCUGCUUUUGGAACAGCAGAAACAACUAUUAAAUGAAUCACAGCAGAAAAUAGAAUCACAAAAAAUGCUGUAUGAUGCCCAGUUAUCGGAAGAACAGUGCCGAAACUUAGAGCUUCAAGUACUUCUUGACUCUGAGAAAGUUCGAAUUCAAGAAAUGAGUAGUUCUCUAGAUAGAGAACGAGAAUUGCGUGUACAGCUCCAAAUCAAGGGUGAUAGUGAGCAGCCUUGGUCAGCCUUGCCCUCUAACCACCUACUUAUAGAGCUACAGAAACAGCUGGCCAAAAAGCAUAAUCGUAUAGUAGAAUUGUUGAACGAAACUGAAAAAUAUAAACUGGAUUCUUUGCAAAUAAGACAGCAAAUAGAAAAAGACAGGCAGGUUCACAGGAAAAUGAUGGAAAGAGAACAAAAUGCCAACACUGAGGGGCAGAAAAAAAUUCAUGAGCUACAUUCCAAAAUAGAAGACCUUCAGCAGCAGCUGGAGGAGAAGAGGCAUCAAGUGUAUAAAUUAGACCUUGAAAGAAAACGACUACAAGGAAUCUUGCAGGAAUUCCAGAAACAAGAACUAUCACGAGAAGAAAAUCGAGAAAGUAGGCGAAUUCUCUAUCAGAACCUUAACGAGAAUUGCCAACCAAGCAUUUGGAGUUUAACCAACGAUCGAACUAGAAAUUGGGUUCUUCAACAAAAAAUAGGAGAAACAAAAGAAUCAAACUACCCUCAAUUCAUUGAAAUGAAUGGAGGAGAAACUGGUUAUAACCAUGAAUUACAAAUGAUCGGACAAAAACUUCAAUGUGUGACCUUUAAACUGCGGCAUCUAGCCCAGAAAACCUCUAACAGACUACAGUUUGAAACAGCAGAUCAUGAAGCUUUCAUUUGGAUUGAGGAAACUAUUGAUAGAAUUAUUUUCAAACUACGGAAAUUACCUGGCCGCCUAAGUGAAGAGCCUCGCUUAGUAUCGCCAGGUUCUUUUACUGGUGCACUGAGCGAACAAUUACUCAGACAAAAUACUGAGCUGACAGGAUACAUCAGCCAAUUGACUGAAGAAAAGAAUGGUUUGAGAUACGUGAUUAUGAAGUUAGAAGAGCAAAUGAGACGCUGUCAGCACACAGGAACUGGUGGAGAUUAUUCUUCUAGGUUUUCGUUCUGUGUUGGUGGCAAUAUUGAAGCCAUUAUUGCUUCUGAAAAAGACGCGUGGAACAGAGAAAAGUCAAUUCUUCAGAAAGCCUUGGAAAGAGCAGAAGCUGAAAUAUAUAAAUUAAAAGCUGAACUAAGAAACGACACUUUACAGAAUCUGAGCCCUGAUUCUGAGGUUGCCUAUCUAAAGAGAAUAUAUUGCAAAUACUUGAAGGCAGAAAGUUUUCGAAAAGCUCUCAUUUAUCAGAAGAAAUACCUGCUGCUGAUGUUGGGUGGCUUCAAGAAAUGUGAAGAAGCCACCAUAGCGCUGCUUGCCCAGAUGGGGGGUCUGCCAGCAUUCACCAACCAGGAGUUGAUCAACCGCCCGAAGGGUUACCUCAGAUUUCGUUCAGUUGUCAGAGUAUCUAUUGCAAUUUCACGAAUGAAAAUUUUGAUUCGACGGUGGCAUCAAGUUACAGAUUCUGGUUCCACCAAUAUUAACAGGGAUGACUUUGAACUAACUCCAGGUACUGAAAAGAAUGACCCAUUUUAUCCUUCUGGUGGACCAGAACUAUGUGGAGAACCAAGACACACAGCAUACCGCUCCAGACCAGAUCUGGAUUAUCCCAGGUCUCCUUUACCUUUUCAAAAUAGGUCCCUAGGCAUUCCAGCCGAUUUAAAUCGUGGUUCUAUAGUAUAUUCUCACCUCCAGAGUUAUGAUCCUGAUAGAGCCCUGACAGAUUAUAUUACUCGACUGGAAGCACUACAAAGAAGACUCGGAACUGUAUAUUCAGGUCCAACUACUCCAUUUUAUAGUGGCAUGAGACGAUAAUCCUAUGAAACAUCAAAAGUUGAAGUGAUUUUAAACAAAUUCCCUUUUGUAAAUCAGUUAUUCUUUUGUGCUUUUGUAAUGUGAAUACUCUAUGGGACCAAUAUAAAUAUAGCUUAUGAUUAUAUACAGAUCCCUUGCACAUGAAAAUAAACUGGAAUUUGUAUAUAUAAGCAUUGUGUAUGUAUUCAUGCACACUUAUCACAAUUACAUGUAUAUUUGUGGAAUGCUAAUUUAAUUGAUUAAAUUAUAAACCUUGUGUACUUAUCAAAUGGGUGAAAAGAUUAAACUUUUGCCAAUAUGAUACUACUGAAUGUGUAGCUUGCGGUGCCCUGCACUUUUCUUAAAGGUGACUGAAAUUACAUGUUUCUGCCUAAUAUAUUUGCUACUGGUGAUGAAGACAGAAGAUAUCACUUGUAGAGACCUAUUUUUGUAUAAUGGUAGAAGUUUUGAAUUUUACGGGAUAUUUUGUCAAAGUACUGAAAUAAAAAUGACUUCACCAUUUUCACCAUA